AAAUAAUAUUUGCCUCAAGAAUAUUCCACGAUGCCCGAACUGGGCGAACAAAUGUACUGCUCCGAGCAGAUUUGCAUCCCACCCGCAUUUCCUUACCUCCUGAGGCAAUUCGCGAAAGCUGCCAUAAGGACACAACCCUCGGAUCUGCUAAGAUGGUCCACGGCCUACUUCCGUUGCUUGUCACUCAACAUCCCUCCACCCGUAAAACCUAGGCUGGAAUAUCCCAUACCACGCGACUACUGCGGGGUGACACCAGGCUGGUUGAAGGCCCUCAUGUACCAGCUGCAGAACAACCUGACGAUCUCCUUUAAAAUACUUUGGGACAGGUGGACCGGCGCCUGUUUGGAGCACAGUACGCUCAUCCAGAUCUUGUGUCUAGGCGGGUUCACCGAUCCCGAAGCCAUACCCUGGUUCAGGUUCAUAGGUCUCUGUGCUGCACAUUUGACAGAUGAUUUGACGCACACCAUGAUCCUAAUUUGUGAGAUCAUGACGGAAGAGCCAGACGGAGGGUCUGCCAUGGUUCCCUUGGAAACCUUCACCGAUUUGUACAAGUUUUUGGCGGCGAUAGACGCUUCGAAGCCCCAGGUGCUGAAAAACUACUACUUCACUGACGCCCUCUUGACCCUGUGGAAGGAAGCUGCCGAGAAAGAAGAGGGACAAGGGAGGGAGGUUAAGGAGGAAAGCAUAAGCGAGGAAGAAAGUGUUAAAACGGAGAUAUGUGAGGAAACUGAAGAGGAGGUUUUACAGAAAACAGAUAGCAAGGAAGUAAUUUCCUGUCCCAGUAUAGCUGGAGACGACGAUUUCUCCAUGAACUAUCACGUGGAUGUGGGUUCAAAAGAAGCUUCGGAAGAGGGAGAACAAGAAGGGAUGACCGACCUAGGAGAGGCCCCUGAGGAGACAAAAGCCAACGCCGAGGAAGAAGCGCCUGGAGAAGAAGAAGAGGAAAUAAAGGAAGAACAAGAAGGCGAAGAGGAAGAGGAAAAGGAAGCAGCUCAUCCAGACGAAGAAGAAGGCAAGCCCGAUGCGGUUGAAGAGGAAUUCGAAAAGACGAAAGUCGAGGCGUUGCCAGCUGGAGAGAAAGCAGCCGGUUCUGUGAACACCGUGCAAGAGCAGCCCAAGGUCAUGCCACAAGACGUCGUCGAGGACGACAGGACCUUAAAGGAGGACCUUGCCAGACUCCAGAUCUUGCAGACGGAGAUGGCGGGCGAGAGCGACACCGAAAUCGAGGAGUUUAAGUGCAGGUUGAUCGACGAGAUGCCGCUGACCAAGUCCCAGGAGGAGGCUGUGCUGCAUUUCAAGGACGAUCAGACCAAGAGCCUGUCGGAGAGCGUCGAUUUGAAGAGCGAAGUCGUGGAGGAGGAAGAGGAGGAUAAGUCGGAAGAAGUCACUGUAAACGCCGUGGUCGGUAUAGGACCCGUAGUACCCGAAGAGUUGGUCAAUGCUGUUUGUAAGUACAUGAAAAGGGUUGCUUCCCUGCAGCAUGGGAUGAUUAUGCCAAGGAAUAUCAGGCACUACAACUGCCCACCAUUGGAAGUUUUGGAGUACUGAAGGGGUCUUUACUAGAAAAAAUAUUUACCUUAUCUAAAUUAUACUUAUGUAAAAGAUUU